AUGGCUUCGGAAUCCGCAAGCGCAUCCCAGUGGGUCUCGCCAUCCACGCGCCCCGAGCACAUCGAGCAGCUCAUCUCCGGCGUCGACCGAUACAACCCGCAGAACCUCGACGUGCUCCACGACUACCUCGCCCAGCAGCUCGACGAUGGCUCGUACGACUUGCUCGCCAACCUCGCCAUCCUCAAAUUGUACCAGUUCAACCCUGCCGACUUCAACUAUGUCGUUGUGAUCAACAUCCUGCUCAAGGCUCUCGUGGCCGCGCCAUUCCCAGACUUCAACCUGUGCGUGUCUCUGCUCGGCGAGGCGCCAUUGUCCACCGUGCCCGUCAAGGCAGAGAAGGAGGCGACGGCUGGUGACGAUGCCGGCUCGCUCGCGGGCGACGAGGAGGAUGCGGUGGUGGAGAAGCCCAAGGACGUUGCUUCGGCAGGCCACCUCACGGACGCAUUGAUCGUGCGCCUUUCGCAGCUCAGCACGCUGCUCUUCCAGGCGCGUUUCCGCGAGUUCUGGUCGAUGCUCAACAGCGCCGAGUACUCGGACGUGCGCGAGUACGCCGCCAAGAUCAGCGAGUUUGAGAACGCGGCACGCAAGGUGGCGCUCAACUCGGUCAAGGGCUCCUUCACCUCGAUCAGCGAGAAGCGCAUCGGCAGCUACCUCAACCUUUCGGGCUCCGAGCUGGAGAGCUUCGUCAACGCGCAGCCCGGCUGGAAGCUCGCCAACGGCACCGUUAGCGUGCCUGCCAACCCAGACAACGAGAUCAAGGCCACCGUGAUCCGCGAAGAGAUCUCGCUCGACCAGAUGCACAAGUUCCUCUCCCAGGCACAGUCGCCCAUCCUCCGUGCAUAG